GAGGAAACAUUUCCCUCUGCGUGGACUCGAAACCGUUUUCCAAAAUGCGCGGAUGGUUAAAUUCUAAUUAUCCUUUUAAUGCAGCAUGCUUCGCCUCUUAAAGCCUCAGUUUUUUCUCCUGUGAGGACGCGCAGAAGUCCGUCCAGGUGUCCGCAGCCUUUGCGUGCUUGCAACGCCCUGACGCACUCGCAGAGAACACCAUCUGCGGCGAUGGAAAGUGUGUCAAAUUACAGCGACUUUUGGCAAUUCAAUGAAUCCUGGAGGAACUCGAGUACGGACAGCGGGCUGAAUCAGACUAACCCCCUGAAGAGGAACGAAGAGGUGGCGAAGGUGGAGGUGACUGUCCUCGCCCUGAUUCUGUUCCUGGCGCUUUCUGGGAACCUGUGCGUCCUGCUGGCGAUCCACACCGCCAAGCACGGCCAGUCUCGGAUGUAUUACUUCAUGAAGCACUUGAGCAUCGCAGAUCUGGUCGUGGCGAUAUUUCAAGUUCUCCCUCAACUUAUCUGGGACAUUACCUUUCGGUUCUAUGGACCUGAUAUUCUGUGCAGGCUGGUGAAGUACCUCCAGAUUGUCGGUAUGUUUGCCUCCACUUACAUGUUAGUUUUGAUGUCUAUAGAUAGGUGCGUGGCAAUUUGUCAGCCCCUGCGCUCUCUGCACAGGAGAAAAGACCGCCUUUAUGUCAUCUUCUCCUGGAUCCUCAGCCUGCUUUUCAGCAUCCCGCAGAUGUACAUCUUCUCCCUGCGAGAGAUCGGAUCAGGCGUGUAUGACUGCUGGGGGGACUUCGUGCAGCCUUGGGGAACUAAAGCUUAUAUUACUUGGAUCAGCCUGACCAUAUACAUCAUUCCCGUGGCCAUACUAAGUGUUUGCUACGGUUUAAUAAGCUUUAAAAUAUGGCAGAACUUUAAACUGAAAACUAAGAGAGAGCAGUGCAUCAGCCUGACGCCCGACACCUCCAAAGGCAACAGGACCCUGACCAGAGUGAGCAGCGUGAAGCUCAUCUCUAAAGCCAAAAUCACCACAGUCAAGAUGACUUUUGUGAUCGUCCUGGCCUACAUCGUCUGCUGGACGCCGUUUUUUUCCGUCCAGAUGUGGUCAGCGUGGGAUCCAGCGGCGCCGCGUGAGGCCAUGCCCUUCAUCAUCUCCAUGCUUCUGGCCAGCCUGAACAGCUGCUGCAAUCCGUGGAUCUACAUGUACUUUGCCGGCCAUCUCUUCCAUGAUCUCAGGCAGCACUUUCUCUGUUGUUCUGCUCGUUAUUUCAAGUCAUCCCAGUGUCGCGGCGAGCAUGACUUCGACUCCAGUCACAAGAGCAACUCUUCCACCUUCGUUAUGAAGAGCACGAGCAGUCAGAGGAGCAUCACACAAAUGUCCACCAUGUAAAAGAAUCUUUCUGCAUCAACUGAAAUGUCACGACUCAUGAGGAUACUGGUAAAGCUCCAGUAGAAGGGGGUAGGGGAACCAAUAAAAGUCUUAGAUUUAAACAGUAAUGAAAUAUAUAUUUGGUAUGAAGUUCAAUGCAUUUUAGGUCUACGAAACAAACUGAACAAUGACGUAAAAAAAAUUUGGUCAACAUGUUUCAUCUAUUUCCAACAAUUUCUUUGUUGGGCCAUCAACCACUCAUUUGUUGACACCAGACUAUGGAUCAGUUUGCGUAAAUCCACUCACCUGUUCUAAUUGUUGUGGCCAUGUUGUUCCUUUUCUUGCCUUUCCAAACAUAUGUAAAGUGUUAUUUCAGAUAUUGUUAGAUGUGACAUGUUCCUACACUCACUGGUAAUGCUGUAAAAAAAAAGAAACAAUUUAAAGAGAGAAAAUAAGCUAAAAUCCACUCAGUGAUGAUGGUUUUAUUUACACGUGUAGCUAAAUAUGGAAUUUGCUUUCAGUACAGUAUAAAGAUAUCGUUGACAUGUUGUACGUGGUUGUUUUUUCCAUGCUGAAUAAAUAAGAUCUCUGAGUUCCUGCA